CAGCAGCAGAGCAAGUGAUUUUUCUCGGACUUUCUGCGGGCAGUCGGCUACGUUGACAACUAUAUUACGGUCUGUUAGACAGAACCUUCAUGUAUUUAUUUCUAAGUUCAUCGAUUUAAAAUGUCAGGACAGUCGCGGGACAAUGAUAACAAAUUCCGAUGAGGCUCCAGCGGAUAUGUGCUGUAAAUGAGCAUUUGGGAUAAAUAACUUAAGGACAGUUUAAUGAACUCCAGCCUCGCGCUUCAUGUUUCAGAGGCAGCCGGUGGAUCAUUCCAGUGAAGUAGUUUUAUAAUUUUGAUUAUAUCGACACAUGGAAGCGAUGGUUCAGGUAUAGUGAUGUUUUAGGUAGAGUGUUGUGAUGGGGAAAGAUUAUUACAGGGUGCUGGGGAUCGAGAAGGGCGCCUCGGAUGAGGAGAUCAAGAAAGCGUACAGAAAACAAGCGUUAAGAUUUCACCCCGACAAAAACAAAUCGGCCGGAGCUGAAGAUAAAUUCAAAGAGAUCGCAGAAGCUUACGAUGUCCUGAGCGAUUCCAAGAAGAAGGAUAUCUAUGACAGAUAUGGAGAGGAUGGGCUUAAAGGACACGCCGGCGGCGGAAGCAACGGCCCCAGCUACACUUUUCACGGCGAUCCGCACGCCAUGUUCGCCGAGUUUUUCGGCGGCCGCAGCCCGUUCGAUCAGUUCUUCGCAUCUCAUGGGGGCGUAGACAAUGACAUGGACAUCGACGACCCCUUCGCGGCUUUCGGAAUGGGAGGAAUGGGCGGUUUCCCCAGAUCUUUCAAAUCCCGCGGGGGCGGACACGGGUGCCGGGAAAAGAAGAAAGAUCCCCCGGUCGUGCACGAGCUCAAGGUGAGUCUCGAAGAAGUCUUCUCCGGUUGCACGAAAAAAAUGAAGAUCUCUCGCAAGAGGUUAAACCCGGACGGCUGCACCGUGCGCACCGAAGACAAAAUUCUUACGGUGGACAUCAAACGUGGCUGGAAGGAAGGGACUAAGAUUACCUUCCCCAAAGAGGGAGACGAGACGCCGACCAACAUCCCUGCCGACAUAGUCUUUGUGGUGAAGGACAAGACGCACCCUGUGUUUCGGAGGGAAGGCUCUGACAUCAUUUACCCUGCAAAGAUAUCGCUUAAAGAUGCUCUCUGCGGCUGUUCCAUUAGCGCUCCCACCCUGGAUGGCAGAACUGUCACAGUGACAUCACGUGAUGUCAUUAAACCCGGCAUGAAGAAGAGGAUUGUGGGAGAGGGACUGCCGCUGUCCAAAUUUCCUGAAAAGAGAGGAGACAUGGUGCUGGAAUUCUUAGUGAAAUUUCCAGACAGGUUAGCAGCGGGUACUCGUGACGCUCUGGUUCAGAUUCUGCCACCGUGAUCGGUGUGUGACCACCGAAGGAGAGACUGCAAGAGCCCGUGUGAUUUACAAGAUAUUGAACUUGAAAGCAUCCGUUAGAAAUGUACAAUAUAAGUCAAGCUCAGAGAAACAUAACAGAGCUUCAGUAUAUUAAUUUAUAACCCCCUUGCUUAUAAUGCAGUGCACUUUUUCAGAACACUGUGAAGCAUUUCAGAAGAAUUAUAUAUUGACUCGCUUACAUGAUUUUGACAGUCAACCUUUCUGUUUUAAUCUUCCUGUUUAUGGCUUCAGUUUACUAAAUUUGUGUUUAGUAUUGUGUUUUCUUAUAUUAAAAUUUUAUUUCAGUUUUGAAUUUUGAGCUGUCACAAAUUUUUUUUUGUUUUUGGGCAGUUUUUGCCUUUAUUAGAUAGCUAGUAUGAUAGAAGAGGACAGGAAUGUAUAGGGUGGAGAGAGGGGUAUGGGAUCGGCAAAGGACCUCAAGCCGGUCGCCAAAAGUGCGUCUGCACCAUAUGUCGGAGCACUGCCCACUACACUAUCGGCUCAGACGCCACAAAAUCUUUUUAAGUCGGUAUUGGGAAACAUUGCCAUCCUUUUAGAUUAUUUCAUUUUCUAUUUGAAGUUAAAUGACAGGAAGAGGAAUUUAGUAAAUUGGAAUUUAAAUUGAACUAUUAGACAACACAGGGAUUUUAAAUAUACACGAUGAUCUACAUCUGCUUUUUAUUUGUAAAUGUGCUUCAUGUUCUCAGGCCCAAAUUUUUUAGACUUUGGGAUAAAUUUUAGGUGUCAUUUUAUUUGAGAUAAUGAUUAUGAAUCUUAUGUUUCCGUAAAUACCUCAUAUGUUGUGUGAAUAUUAACACUUUUAUGGCUGACAUGGAAAACUAUAUAUAUGUAUAUAGCAGGGUUCCCACAAGUCCUUAAUUCAAGGCCCUGGGAAGUUUUUGAAAAUAUAACUACAUAGAUACAGGUCAUUAAAAGUGCUUGAAUCUAUUUUAUGCAAAAAUUAUGCAUAAUAAUAAUAAUACAUAUUAUUCCCUGUGUAGUGUAGGAUAAUAUCAUAAAAAUUUUAGACUUUUAGGCUUUGUCCGCACGAAGCCGGUGCAUUCCCUAUCCGAUCAUUUUUUUUCCUUGUUCUAAAAAAAUAAUCCGUAAACACGAACCCACUGAAACUGACUGAAAGCGGUGUAGUAUAUAUGCCGGACCAGUAUGGGGCGCUGUAAUUCUGCCACAGAUAUACACUAUACACGAAGAAGAAGACUUUGAGCAUGCGCAUAACCAACAUAUGUGCUGCGUCCGAAACCGCCUACUACAUACUAUAUAGUACGCGAAAAGCAGUAGGCGAGGCGAGUAGUAUGUCCGAAUACAUAGUAUUCGAAAAACAGUAUGCGAAAAGUACCCGGAUGACCUACUACUUCCGGUUAGAUUUUGCAGUGUGCAUACGAUGGACGCUUCACUAUCCCAUGAUGCCCCGGACGAGGAGUUAUCCAACGAAGAAGAAGAGGCACGCGGCUGUUUUCGCGCUGAAAUGACAUGACGUGAUGACGACGUAUGUCACGUGAUGUAGCAACAUGGCGGAUGUAGUACGUCCGAAUCUCAUUCAUACAACCAGGAUUCAUACUAUACAGUACCUACUGUUCUAAUGCCCAGUAAGUAGGUACUUCAUCUAAUUCAGUACCUACUAUACAGUAUGCGGUUUCGGACGCAGCCAUGGUGUUGCCCAUUAUCACUUGUUGCUCACCACAAUUGCAUUGAAGCAAUAGAUUUUGCUGUAAUAAAGCUAGUAGGCUUUAGUAGCUUCUGUAGCACAAACACAAUCCGCCGUUAUUGUUGUUGCUGUUACGUGUGACGCUUCCGACAUGUGAUGUGAUGACGUUUUCGCUUCACAAAAUAUACGGAUUGGCUGUACACACGAAACCGCAAGGGUGUCGGUUUCAGAUUUAUCCACUUUAGGACCCGGUUUCAAAAAAUAGCAGUUUCACUCUCUCAAAACGCCGGAUCCGUGUGGACGAAACGGCAAUACGAUAACAAAUUUAUACGUAUACAGUGAUAUGCGUCUCCGUGUGGACAGCCCCUUAAGCACACGUGCUAAACUGUUUGCUUUAAAUGCUUAUAUCUUCUGUAUGCGAAUGUUCAUUCAUACCAAAAUGCUUUUUUUUGCAUAAUUUAGUUUGACACAUGAAAACAUCUCUGGUUGCGUAUGUAACUUGUUCCCUGAGAAGGGAAUGAGACGCUGCGUCUCCCUUGUCAUACUUCCUGCGUCCCUGUAACGCCGUCUUUGGCAAUAUUUCAGAUAGCGAAAUACUUCCUGGCUCCCGCGUCACCCUGUUUUUGUCGUUAAGCCUCACCAUUGGUUAAAUUUGAUACACAUACAGACGCACUUACCCCUGGAGGCGUCCCCAAAGUGUCACCGCAGUGACGCAGCGCAAGUUCCCUCGAAAGGGAACUGUAACAAUGUAUCUUAAAAGGUAACACGAUGUAACCUUGCUCUCACAUUCAGUCCUUGAAUUUGAGGGUAUAAGACCUGGAAAGUCCUUGAAAGGUCCUUGAAUUUGAAGUUAACUAAGGUGUGGGAACCCUGAUAUAAUUAUAUAUAUAUAAUUAAGGAAUUAUGCAGAAUUUUCUUUAUUUCACUUCCACUUUAAUUCUGAUAUACAGUUGUCCAUUGUGUGAGCAAUAUCUCAAAUUCGUACUUAUGAUCUUUCAUUAAAUUUACAUGGCAUUCUCAACUCUUAUUUUGACUGUUGCCCAAUCUUGCUUUCACGAAAUCAUCACUGAGGAGCAUCACAUAAAAGAUUUCUACAUUCUUAAGCAUGUCAAAUUGUUUGAUUGUAUAGAGCUGGUUUGGCUGUAGUAGCAGGUUUGACUACCUGUGAUUCAUUCAAAAACUUCACAAAGCCUCUUGAGCAUUUUUAUCACUGUGCUUCCAGAGCUCUGUAUCAUAUACUGUCACUCGCUCAGUUAGGAGUGACCAUCUAUGACUGUCUUUACAGAUGCUCUUAUCACUGAAACCCAGACUGCUUCUGGGAGAACAUCCCUGCAAUUGAAGUACUGUGGGUUGUUAGUUAAACAGCUAACAAGUAGUAAAAAUGCCUAAAUGUUGCUUUAGGAUUAUAAUGAAUAUUAUCCUAAACUAAUGGAUUAUACAUUGACUCAAAAAAAAACUAUUUUGAUCUUAACAUAUGAAUGUUAAGUUAUCUGGGAUAUGUUGGAUCAUCUUAACAUCAACACUUCAUCUCUAAAUAAACAUCAAAUCAAUUUUUGCAUCUUUAAAAAAGUGA